CUAAGCAUGAUGCCCAAAGUGAACCUCACCCAUGUGAUUAACGAUACAGAAAAUUUGGACCAAGCUUCUAUUGACCUUGAUUUCAAACCAUCUGCAAACGUAUUCAAAUUUUCGUCCAAUAAUCCGGAAUAUGCAUCAACAUGGAGUUUUAAUGACAACGACAUUUUUGCAGGGUUAUCAACAGAAAAUCCGUUGCCUAGAAGAAAUAAAUUUCAUGUUUCUAAUAUUAAAGGAAUAAUAUAUCCGGUGUUCAUAUGUGCAUUUUUAGUCUUAGAUAGUCUGCUAUUAAUUUACAGAUUUUCGUGGAUGGUAAAAAGUUUGAAAAUUUUUAAGAAUGGCUUAGAGGAAAGAAUACCUUACGAUUCAAUGACGCGUAAGAUAUAUUUUAUUUUGACGGGGAAAGAAGUUCCACGCCCCGAGGACAGUUUAGAUCAUCCAUACGAUUAUUAUAUGCAUAACAGAGAAAACAUUUGGGGCGAUAAUACCGAACUUUAUUUUUUUUAUUGUAACGCCCCAACGAAAGCCAAAGAGGAGAUUUUAAAAGAUAUUUGGCAGCAUAAACAACAACAGAAUCCGAAACAGGAGGAAAAACCAAAAGAUAAAAAUUGCUGUGUAGACUUCAUUUUAAGUUUUGUGAAAUCAACAUAUAGAUUACUUAUAUCUCCAGUGUUUUGGAGACUAGUAUUUAUUUGUGGAUUUGUGUUAAUUUUAUUCCUGGUUGCUAAAGCAACCAAUGACCUUGUAACUUUAGAGUCGGCCAUGUUUUUAUUGGACACGGAGGCUAUGUUGCCGAUAUUAGAACGUCAAAAUGACGUUACAAAUGCCGUUAUAUCCGAGUACGGCUCUUACCUCAAUGACUUUCUUGUUGGAUAUAAGGAGAAGUUGGACGGGGAGGUGCAAAUGGUUAACAAUAUACUCUUAAACGUUGCAGAACGACAAAAUAUGCUGCUGAACACAAUGAUCUCAGAUAUGUGCAAUUUAGCGGGACUUGACAUGUGCACUGACGGAACAAAUCUAGUCACAAUGUCCCUUACUUCAUGUAAUUUCUUGCCAAUACAUGCUAAAAUGUUUGAAGGAUUCCACAAGUCAGUGCUUUUAGAAUAUAUCCAAAGAGAGUUGUCUCCCUUAGUCCUGAAUCUCCGGAGUAUUUUGUUCAGUUCCAUGUAUUUACUGCUCGCAUGUGCAGCGGCCAUGUUACUGUGUCAGGUCACAGCACGUGUAAUCUAUGUUCAUUUGAAAAACUCACGGCACAUGAAAAUUACCAAGAUUUAUCAGUUGCCUAGCACCAUGAGUGACCAGUGGCACGACCAGCAGUCUUUACGGGAGAAGGAAAUGUACAAUAGUCAGUCUGUGAUCGCAGAAAGCUGUGAAAGUGGAGUGUAUGAUAUGACAAAUUAAACCAGAUUGUGAUUUUUUAGGAAAAUAUAAUUAUAAUUGAAUAAUUUGUGACUGUUUUUGAAAAUACGAAGUAUUCAAAAACUGUGUGAAUUUGUUACGUUUAGGCAGACAUGACUUUGAGCGAUGUCACAUCUAAAAAUACUUGUUUACAGAAAGACAUUUUGUUUGGACAAUCUAAAAGUGAAUUUAUGUGACUAUUUUAUACCAUUUUGAGGGUAUUUCCUUUCCAUUUAAUUUCAAAAACAGACUCUUCAUAUAAUGAAUAAAUAGUCAGUCCCAUGGUCCUUGGCAAUUACAGAAUAAAUUACUGUGGAAUCACUUAUAUUCUUUGGUGACUAUUUUUUGUGGAUUUCGUGGUCAAGUCAUUCCCUGAAAUUAAAUCCUAACAAAAAAGUAAAUUUUCAUUCAUUUACAGUUCAGAGGUCAAUAUUACAAAAUCAUCCCCACGAAGUAGCUGUUUUGACCAAACUCACAAAAUUUCAUGCCGAUGAAAACAAAGGGGGGAGGGGAGGUCGGUCGGCCUCCAAAUCCGCUCUCUAAGUCAAACAGUUUUCAUCCAAUCUUCGCCAAACUUGGUGACAAAGUUUGUGGGCAUAAUAUCUCGGCAAAGUUUGAUAACCAGCAAAAUCAGUCCAGGCACUCUUUAAGUUAUGGCCCUUGAUUUACUCAAAAUCUGCAAAUUUAGACUUGCAUGUCACUCUCUAAGUCAAAUAGUUUUCAUCCGAUCUUCACCAAACUUGGUGACAAUGUUUGUGGGCAUGAUAUCUCAGCCAAAUUCGAUACCAGCAACACCCCCCAGGCACUAUAGCCCUUGAAUCUGGAAAUUAAGCCUUUUCCACCCUCUAAGUCGAAUAGUUUUCAUCCCAUCUUCACCAAUCUUGGUGACAAUGUUUGUGGGCAUAAUAUCUCGACCAUGUUCGAUAAUCAGCAAAAUCACCCCAGUCAGUCUUGGAUUAUCGUCCUUGAAUUACUUGAAAAAUUGCACAUUAGCCUUGUCCACUCUCCAAGUCAAACACUUUUCAUCCAAUCUUCCACAAACUUGCAGAUAUUGCUUGUCUGCAUAAUAUCUGAGUCAAUUUCUAUAACUAGCUAAACUGCUCAAGGCACUCUUGGAUUAUGGUCCUUGAAUUCUGCCAAUUUACCCUUGUCCGCUUCUUAAGUCGAACAGUUUUCAUCCAAUCUUCACCAAUUUUGCUGACAAUGUUUGUGGGUAAAAUAUCUCGGCCAAGUUGGAUAAUCAGCCAAAUCGCCACAGACACUCCUGGAUUAUGGUCCUUGAGUUAGGCCAAAUUUGAUGACGGGCAUAUUUUGUGACAGUCUGCUACUCGUGAUUUAUCUUGCAAAAAUGAAAUAUUAUUUUUUUGUAAAAAUGAUUUGCUAGUUAUUUUGUUUUCAGCAUUUCGGUUUUACGAAUGAAAGGUAUGAUCUUAUAACUAAUUUAAAGUAAAAGUGUCUGAUGUCACUUUAAGGCCUCUGUAGUAUCCAUAGUAUUUUUCCAAUGUUAAUUAUUGGCAUAUUUAUAAAGUAUCUAUAUGUUUAUUUUCUGCAUAAAUAAUGUUUGCCUUAAUUAGUUACAAGUUUUCGUUUAGAAGAAAAUCAAGUAAAUUCCGUCUCAACUUGUCUAGUUGUUCGGAUUAUCUUUGAAAUGGGGAUUCCACAAGUAAACAAGUCAAAUGGUUUAUCGCGGCCAGAAAUUUGUACAAACCGGACAGAAGUUGCGAAAUUGUCAUUUGUGCAGGAAAGAAGCGUUUACCAUAAUGUCCAGUACUGGACAGGUAUAGUGACCAUGCACGGACACAGCCAAUUUUCUCAGAGGGGGUCCGAUCCCCUGCCCCCGAUCCCCCCCUUGGAAAUUUUGAAAUUUAGCACUUCAUUUUUUGCAUUCUGGGACAGUUUUAUGGACUAACCUGUUAAAUUUGGGAAAAAUGAUAAAAUCAAGCUUUCUUGAAGGUAAAAUUCUUAGUUUCUUUUAGAUAAAUAAUAUGAAUUAUGUCGGGGUCGUAUGUAGCAGCAGCCGCAUAUACUUUACAUGCGGUCCUAAUGUUGCCUUUUUCGAAAAACAUUUUCUUUCCUUCUUGUCUUCUUUCCUUUUUUAAAGAUUUUCCAGAGGGGGUCCGGACCCCCGGUCCCACCCCCACUCUGGAUCCGCGCAUGGUGACAUAUCAUGCUUUCUGUUUAUGCAGGUAAACUUGUGUUUGGUUAAAUUUCAACAGAGCACAAUUGUCUGAACAGUGUACAAACUCAUUACUGUUUUUUCAGGCAAGGGUGGAAAAAAAGUGGUAGAAAAUGAAAGCAGUAACAUUUUUAUUAAAAAAAAAUGAACAAUGAGACAAACAUUUCCAACAUCUUUGGAUGGUUCAAAAAUCCCAUGUUAAACAUACGAUAAAGCCCGAAACGCGUGAAAAUGUUCCGAAUGUAAAUCGGGUGAAGUAAGCGCUCUAUGUAUGCGUCUGGAUUGAUUAAACUGGGCGAAUCUACUUACUUAUUACUUGAGGAUGAAAAAAACGUGUUUUUUAAAUGUUGCUCUUAAACAAGGGUGGCGGUUGAACUACUAAAAGUACAAAACAGUUAAUUCACAACAAAUCGUACGGUAUGUUUUAUAAUCAGUAGAAGCUAGUCGUAUUUACGCUUAUGAGACCUGUUUCACCCACAAGUAAAGAAUUCACAGGUCCAUCAUGAAAUAUUUUCCCCAGCGCACAUACUUGUCCUAUUCAAAAUGGGCCGCGAUCAAUAAUGCGAUUUGUUAUUUUCAUUUCAAGAGGAAACGAGCUAAUUACAUAUAUGCAAAUAUCAAAUGUUUAGGAUAGUUACUUUGUAUACUUUGAGUGUUUUCACCAACUCAAAAUGAUUCUUUAGAAUGGAACAUUUUUAAAGUGAUGACUCCAGUAGAUAUUUUUUAUUUCAUUAACUGGAUGCCUGCUCUCGUACUAACAUCUCAGUUUUGAUAUUUGCUUAUGAACAUGAUUCCAUUUAACCGUUUUAGCUCACAUGCCACAAAGUGACAAGGUGAGCUUUUGUGAUUGUGCAGCAUCCGCUGUCCGUGCAUCCGUAAACUUUUGCUUGUGACCACUCUAGAGGUCACAUUUUUCAUGGUAUCUUUAUGAAAGUUGGUCAGAAUGUUCAUCUUGAUGAUAUAUAGGAUAAGUUUGUAACUGGGUCACGUGCGGUCCAAAACUAGGUCAGUAGGUCUAAAAAUAGAAAAACAUUGUGACCUCUAUAGAGGCCAUACUUUUUAAUGGAUCUUCAUGAAAGUUGGUCAAUAUGUUCAACUUGAUGAUAUCUAGUUCAAGCUUGAAACUGGGUCAAGAACCAUCAAAAACUAGGUCAGUAGGUCGAAUAAUUUUUCCAUAUUUUUCAUUGGAUCUGUAUGAAAGUUGGUCUGAAUGUUCAUCUUGAUGAUAUCUAGGUCAGGGUUUAAACUGGGUCAACUGCGGUCAAAAACUAGGUCAGUAGGUCUAAAAAUAGAAAAACCUUGUGACCUCUCUAGAGGCCAUAAUUUUGAAUGGAUCUUCAGGAAAACUGGUCAGAAUGUUCAGGUUGAUGAUGAUAUCUAGGUCAAGUUCAAAACUGGGUCACGUGCUAUCAAAAAACUAGGUCAGUAGGUCAAAUAAUAAAAAACUUUGUGACCUCUCUAGAGGCCAUAUUUUUCAAGGGAUCUGUAUGAAAGUUAGUCUGAAUGUUCACCUUGAUGAUAUCUAGGUCUCUCUAGGGGCCAUACUUUUGAAUGGAUCUUAAGAAAAAUUAGUCAGAUAUCUAGGUCAAGUUCGAAACUGGGUUAACUGCAGUCAAAAACUAGGUCAGUAGGUCUAAAAAUAGAAAAACCUUGUGACCUCUCUAGAGGCCAUAUUUUUCAAUGGAUCUUCAUGAAAAUUGGUCUGCUUGUUCAUCUUGCUGAUAUCUAGAUGAAGUACGAAACUGGGUCACAUGCAGUCAAAAAGUAGGUCAGGAGGUAUACAAAUAGAAAAACUUUGUGACCUCUCUAGAGGCCAUAUUUUUCAUGAGAUCUUCAUGAAAAUUGGUGAGAAAGUUCACCUUGAUAUCUAGGUCAAGUUCAAAACUGAGUCACGUGCAUUCAAAAACUAGGUCAUUAGGUCAAAUAAUAGAAAAACCUUGUGACCUCUCUAGAGGCCAUAUUUUCCAAUGGAUCUUCAUGAAAAUUGGUCAGAAUUUUUAUCUUGAUAUUUAGGUCAUGUUCAAAACUGGGUCACAUGAGUUCAAAAACUAGGUCACUAUGUCAAAUAAUAGAAAAAAACUACGUCAUACAAAGUUCAAAACUGGGUCAUGUCGGGGCAGGUGAGUGAUUCAGGACCAUCAUGGUCCUCUUGUUCUUACAUUUUGUUAUCACUGGUGCCAAGGACGUAAAUUGAUAGAUAUUUACGAUAUUACUGUUACACACAAAGAGUAAGUUCACAUCGAAGAUUUAGGGUAGAGUAGAGACUGGCUCAAUACUCGAUAACCCAUUUGAACGUUAUAAGUUAGUACACCAAUCGUACCUUCCCUAUUGAAGAGCUGAACUCUACAAACUCCACGGCGAGGUAGGGUUUACUGGUUCCUUGCUUUUCAUCACAGCACACAAUGUGCAGGGGAAAAAAGUUUUAAUAUUUCCAGGGCCCAAUUUUUGAUUGGUCAGUUACUUUACUGGUGGGAGUAAGCACAAUUUACACAACAGGCUACUCUUCAUUAGAGCUUCCAUGUGAACUUCCCCAAAAGGUCUACCUAGAUCCAAUGAACCAUGAAUAGUAUUCAUUGUACACGAUGGUUGGCCAUUGUGUUGUACACAAUGGAAGAUACUUUAUAAUAAAAUCUUUUAACUAAGCUAUGAAUUUACAGACCUGAUACCAUACCGCUCUACCAUCAAUUAUAUCAAGAUAUCAUUUAUAACAUGUUAAUAUGAUUUUGCAUAUUUCUUCUGAUCAUAAUUGAUAUAUUGAAUCUUGUGAAAUAAAAUUUAUAAAACAA